AUGCAAUAUGUAUUAGAGAUUCUGAAUAACUCCUUGCUGAACGGAAGUUUCAGUUUAUGCUUAAAAUCAGAUGACGAUAGUAGUUUUUUUGAUUAUUCUUCCUUGGGGUUAGGAAACGAACUGAGAGAAUCCGCUUCUGAUCAAAUUGCCUUUAUAAAAGAGGAGGAUUUAAAAACCGUCAUCAACACCGUUUUACGCAUUCAUUUUGCAAAAAACAGGUUUAGAAAAUCAAAUUUGGAGAAGCCAAAGGAUGUGAAGGAGUCAAAUAUAAAAAUCAAGAGUAACGAAUCACUAAAAAAGAGAAUGUUAAAGCGUCUUGAGUCCGAAGUUUUAAAGAGAUCUAAAGGGAGUAUGCAUGUCUUGUCACAACUCGUAGACUACGUUUUCAAUUCAAAAGAUACUAUGAUCAGUGAGCCUUUACCCAAACACUCAUCAGUUUCUGAAUCCUUGACAUUCCCAACUGAUAAUGCUAAAUCAAUAAUCGAAGAUGGAUCCGAUCCUCCGUCUGAAGACUCAAAAACUAGCGACUUAAAUAGGAGCACCAUUAGGGCAUUAGCGGCUGUAAUAUCAAUGUUGGCUUGCUCAGACAAAAUUAGUCAUGCUGUGACGCCGGAGUACUUCAAGAAACAGCUUUAUGCGGAUAAGCAGAAUAUGCCUGACAGUAAGUUGCGAAAUGUCAUUGUUUUGUACGCGAGUAAUUGUGGUUAUCGUAUCAGUCCUAAACAGCUAAACUUAUGUACUGUAUCCCAUUACGAUGAUAAGGAAUAUGAAUCUAUCCAUGUUACUUCCAAAGGAUUGUACAGUUUGUUUAGAGCACACUAUCACAUGUUUCAAGAAGAGACCGAUAAUUCCGUUCGUAAAUUCACAAGUGUUGCAAGUACAGGCUCCAAUGAAAAGGAACUGUUUCGAAACCUUUUCAAUGUAGACUACUUGCUAAAAAGAUUUAAACAACAAAACCUUGAUCCAGUGUGGAGUUUUGAAUAUGAUAAGAUAUAA